AUGAUUCAAUUAAAGACCCUCGUAAAUUGCAUCGACAACUCGGGCGCCGCCAUAGUCGAGUGCGUCAAUGUCCUGCGAUCGAAGCGCCCCGCGAAAGUUGGCGACCGCAUAGUAGUGGUUGUAAAGAAACAGCGAAAUUUCGGCCCGGAAACCGGCAACAGCGUCUCCAUCAGCGCAGCGAACAAAGUACGGCGAGGCGACGUCCGACACGCAGUUGUGGUACGGACAGCGAAGAAGUGGCAGCGGCCGGACGGCAGCGUGGUCAAGUUCGACGACAACGCCUGCGUACUUAUCAACAAGGCCGGAGAGCCCAUCGGAUCGAGAGUCAGUGGUGUUGUCGCGGCAGAACUGAGGCAGAAGCAGUGGUCCAAGAUCCUAUCGCUGGCGCCCAUGCACGUAUAA